CCGCCCUGCUGUCGCUGACGUCACCGGGCACCUCUGAGUGAUCGGGGCUACCCCAGCCCGCGCACCCUCCUCCCCGAUGUAUGGCCAUGCGCCGCUGCUGCUGUCGCUGGCAAUGCUGGCGCUGUUCGGUGGCCUGCCGCACCUGCUGGAACGGAACGGCGGCGUGGCCGAGUGCCCGGGGCCGGGGGGCAACUGGGACCGGGGCACCAGCCGCGGGAGCGCGCCCUGCCCCCUGGCCUUCCUUUCGCACAACCCGCUGAACCUGCACUGCCCGGGGGCGUCGGAGGCCGAGGAGGGCACGGUACACUGGCAGUACCUCAACUUGAGUCCGUCGUCGGGAUCACAGCCGCGCACCAUCGCCGGGCCGCGCGGCUUGCGCACCGUGCGGGGCCCGCUGGGCAAACUGGGCAGCCGGGCCACGAUGCGGGGAGGCGUGCUGGUGCUGUCGCGGGCCCGGCCCACUGACUCCGGUCUCUACCUGUGCAAGGCGGGUGCCGCCACCCUGGCCGCCUACCGUGUUGACGUGCAGGACUCGGCGCUGUUGCACGUUUCGCACCGGGCGCUGGACCAGGCCCCGCUGGACAACCAGAGCGUGCAGCUGGCGCCCGGCCUCAGCACCCUCCACCUGCAUACCCACUGGGCGCCCUGGCAGGACUGUGACCGCUGCGGGGCCGCCGGCGAGCGCAAGCGGCUCGGCUUCUGUUACGCGAUGCUAGUGGGAGCCGGCGAUGAAGAUGAAGAAGAGGAGGAAGAAGCGGAAGCCCUGCCCUGUGGGCUCAUGCAACUGCGGCUCGGUGAGGCACUGCCCCGGCGCGGCCCGGAGCUCCGCUAUGAGACCUGCCGGCGCGCAUGUGCUAAGGAACGGAGCCUGGGCUUGCCCGGGGCGACGGACGCCGGCUCCUCCUCCCUCGAUUGGCUGGAGCCCCGCACGUUGCUCCUGGAAACGAUGCUGCUGGAGCCGCACGAGGAGGCACGCAUGAUCUGCCCGGGCGCUUCCGUGUACACGCCUGUCUCCUGGCAACGCGACGCCGCUCCGCUCACCCGGCAUGAGCUUCUGCACCCCUGCAAGGGCAGCCGCCAUCGCCUGGACGACGCGACGGGCGGCGGGGUCUACCGCAUCGUCAGCGUGCGCGCCUCCGAUAGCGGCGUCUAUCGCUGCUGGGUACGCGGGCGCCGCGUCGCCAUCUUCCACCUCGAGCUACCCGAGCCACUGGCCGUCGACGGCAGCCGACGCCGGUACAUCCGCCAGCUGCUCGCCAUUGUCCGUGCCCUGAUCGGCUCCUUCAUCCUGGCCUUCACGGUUGGCGCGCUGGCCGAACUGCUGCACGCCUGCUGGUGCGAGAUGAUGUCAGUGAGCCGUCACAGCUACGGGCAUACACAGUCACAUGACGGAAAUUUACCAGGAGUGUUUGUUGGGCGCCUACGCUCUGAGCGCAGCGGUUAUCCGGAGCUCUCCGUUAUACACCUUUUCAACUCCGUGCCCCGAUCCUACAUCGACCUGUCCGUCCUCCGACAUCUUCACCACCUGCGUCAGGCCCACCCGCGCGAUUUGUUCUACCCAUUUGGUAACGGUAGUGGCGAUAUCACCACUCCAGUCAGCGAUGAUGGAAGCUCCCCAAGCAUAUCUAUCUCAACAUCGUUCCCAUUCUUUGAAAGAUCCUACGACUCCUUGUAUGUCAACAACAACGGUGUCAUCUCCUUUGUCGUGCCCGUGAGCCAGUACACCUCUACCACAUUCCCACUACCGGAUGGGCGCGCCUUCAUUGCCCCGUUCUGGGCAGAUGUAGACAAUACCCUGCGAGGUAACAUCUACUAUCGCGAGAGUACCGAGGAAGCGUUACUGCAACGGGCCACCGCGGACGUCCGCAAGUACUCACCCGGACUCGAAUUUCAAGCCCGCUGGGUGUUUGUGGCUACUUGGGAUAACGUUACUUACUAUGGCUCCCAGUCCUCCAAGGUGAACAGUUUCCAGGCGGUCCUGAUUACCGAUGGGUUACAAUCAUUUAUCAUCUUUAACUACGGGAAUAUUGAAUGGACUACCGGAACAGCGAGUGGUGGCAACGCGUCGACUGGACUUGGCGGGACCCCAGCACAGGCUGGCUUCAACAGCGGGGACUCCACGAGAUUCUUCACGAUUCCUGGGUCCCAGACGUCAGAGAUCAUCGAUAUCGAGACAACUAGCAACGUGGACGAACCUGGUCGGUGGGUCUUCAGGACGGAUGCAUUCGAAGCACUCGGGGGUUGUAUAUAUAAUGGAAAGUACAUUCGGGAAAAUCAGACAGUGUGGGUCAAUGGAAGCUGCCAAACCAAAUGUAAAUGUUCCUCGGAGGGGUCGCUAACGUGUGUUUCUGAAUCGUGCGGCGCGGUCGAAAUCUGCGUCCCUGCUCCACCAUUCCACGCCUGUCGCCCAGUCUCGAUGAAGACCUGCAACGUUUACGGAGACCCCCACUACUACACCUUCGACCAGAGGGUCAUCCACUUCCAGGGGACGUGCACCUAUGUCCUGUCCGAGCUGUGUGAUGAUCUGUCCAACCUGACCUACUACAGGGUGGAGGGAGAGAACGAGAACCGCGGGAGCGAGGCCGUAUCGUGGGUGAGACUCGUCCGUCUCCUGGUCUACGGAACUGAAGUUAUCCUGCUCAAGGGGACUGCCGACUACGUCCUGGUGAACGGGACCCGCAGUUCCGUCCCGGUCUUCCUCGAGGACGGCCGACUCCAAGUCCAGACGGACGGAUUCACUAUGAGGGCGACAGCGGACUUCGGACUGACCGUGACCUACGAUGGAUUCCACCGCGCAUCGAUCACCCUGCCCGGAUCCUAUCACGGAGCCGUCUGUGGGAUGUGCGGGAACAUGAACGGGGACCCCUCCGACGACAUGCGCACCCGCAGCGGGAACCUUACGACCUCGCUGGGGAUAUUCGGGGCCAGUUGGAGGGCGGACGGCGGUAGCGGAGGGGACGUAUGCCGGGACUCCUGCACCGGUAGGUGCGGAGUCUGCCCCGAGGCGGAGCGCUACUCCUUGCCGUCCUCCUGCGGCCUCCUCGGAGCCCAGGCCGGGCCCUUCCGACUCUGCCAUGCCGCUAUCAACCCUCGGGAUUUCGAGCAGAGCUGCGUCUAUGACCUAUGCGCCACCGGCGGCCUGGAGGCCUCCCUCUGCCAGGCUCUCUCCAGCUAUGCAGAGGCUUGCCGCUCAGUCGGGAUGAGGCCAGAGCCCUGGAGGACCGAGACAUUCUGCGGCAUCCGGUGUCCAGCCAACAGUCACUAUGAGGCGUGUGGGAAUGAGUGCGGCCGGGAUUGUGUCUUCAGUUCCCUCGCUUUACACUGCAACGAGUCGUGCUCGGAAGGGUGCUUCUGUGAUCACGGCUACAUCCGCGACGGGAGCGAAUGCGUCCUCCCGGAUCGCUGCGGCUGUUUACAUCACGGUGUCUACAUGAAGUUGGGAGAGCGAAGGGUGUCUCCAGAGUGUGAGGAGGUGUGCCAGUGCUCGCAGGGAAGAAGGGUCCAGUGCGUCCCCUUGGGCUGCGGGGCCGGGGAGGUGUGCACCAUUCGCGGGGGCAGGAGGGGCUGCUUUACCGCCCAGGCCCUCUGCACCGUCACAGGUGGAGGUGCCCACCUCCUCACCUUCGACGGUCGACCGACCCGCCUCCGGGGUUACUGCACACACACGCUGGCCGAGGUCUGGUGCAAUUCCUCCGCCCCCUGGUUUCGAGUGACGGCGGAGAAGUGGCAGGAGGGCGAGAUGGCAGAGGGGGUCACCCGUGUCAAGGUCCAGCUGGUGGGCGCCGACUUCGUACUUGAAAGGGGAAGGCCGCCGACGAUGAACGGGGCACUCAUCUCUCUCCCCUUCACCAGCCCCUCCCUCGCCCGCGUAUCCAGUGUGGGUGGUGAUGUCAUAGCAGUCACAGCGUCCCAGCUGGAAGUGCGUUUCGACGGGGAGGGGACCAUCUUUGUGAAGGUGGGGCCGUCCUACGCCGGCCUCCUGCGUGGGAUGUGUGGCAACUGGAAUGACGAUCCUUCUGAUGAUGAUCUGGAGCCUUCCAGAAAUGGCAGCGAGCCCGGCUACGCCUGGGGAAUCACCAACAGCUCUCAGAGAUGUGAAGAUAACUCCAACAUGACCGAACUUCGGUGCCCCCAGUCUCCCUCUUUUGAGUCCCUGUGCUCCAUCAUCCUCGACAUCGCCGGACCCUUCACUGCCUGUCACCGUCAUCUGGACCCUGAGAACUUUUACAAGUCCUGUGUGUACGACCUGUGCCUCCAUGGCACGAAUGGUACACGGCUUUGCAGAGCCAUCACCACUUACGAGAAAGGAUGCAUCCUCGAGGGGGUGCAUAUUCCCGCCUGGCGCAAUCCCAGAAUUUGCCGUCAGAGGAUGGUGAAGAGUUUACUCUGA